AUGAAAAGAUAUAUCACGACCGUCAUCAUACCUUCUACUCGUCGACUUCUCAUCGGCCUCGGGCUCAAGAAGGCUCAGAAGCCCAUCUACCAAGCACGGACCUACCACUACAACAGUGCAUCCACCAGAAACUUCGGACACGCCAGAAACCACUAUCCACAAAUACCAAAAUCGCCAUCAUCAACCGUCACUCAACUCAAGGCUGCCCCUGAAUUGACUAAAGGGGCACAAUACCAAUACGAGACAGACUUCAACCUAAUGCCAGGAUCGUGGGUUGAUGACGAAGAUGACGCUAACAACAACUCCAACAAAGAAUACACCAAUGACAGAUACACCACCGCAACUCCUAGUCCGCCAUACCGAGAAGCCAAGCGCCGACCACUACCUCACUACCAAAACAUCAACUAUCAAACGGCAAAAUCCGCACCCGCUGCGAAGAAUAUUAAAUACAAGCAACUUAAUUCAGAACCGAAAAACACCAUGAUCGUCAAACGCCAUGUACGCUCAGCAAGCGACAUGUUCACUGUCCACCACCCUUCACCCCAAGAUGUGUACGGCUGA